GAGCUUGACCUGAACAUGGAUCUCGACCUACAUCUCGACUCCUCUACCGAUGCGUCGGCGCUGCAGGCUGUUGCCGACAGCCUCGCCGCCGGCGACGACAGCAUCACCUCGGCCUCACAAAGCAGCACGGACGACGGCAGGGAACAAUCCGAGAGCAACAAGACCGCCAACGCGAAAGGCAACAACGCUUCCUCCAACUCAACGACCGCCCAGCAGCAAAGAGAAUCGCAACCACAGAAAGCGAACGGCAAGAAGCGCCCUGCGCCCGCAUCCAGCACGGGAAAGCCGGAUGACAGCAACGGCCCCCCGUCCAAGGUCAUGAAACGGCGGGCGGCCCGGGCUUGCGUGAGCUGCCGGGCACGAAAGGUGCGGUGCGAUGUGGUCGAGGGCGCGCCGUGCGGGAACUGCCGGUGGGAUAACGUCCAAUGCGUUGUGCAAGAGAGUCGGCGAAGGAAAAAAGCACUGUUGACGGCGAGCACUGCCUCCGUUUCUGGAUCCGAGGCGCAACAGCACGAACUACGCGCCAAGGGUACUGGUGUGGAUGGAGGUAGCAAUCCAGUGCCUAUCCAGAGCAGCGCAGAUCUUCUGCGUCCUGCCCAGGGUCCUGCUGUCCCGUCCGUGGCUGCAAGUGGCAGCGAGCCCUUCGAGCCAGAUGGGACAUUUGAUAGCCAUGUGCCUCAUUUACUCUACCAGCGAUCUGGAUACGGACAGGACGCCUCCUUUUUGUACAAGCUGCAGGCUGCUGCCUCUACCUCCCCCGACUCGAACACUCGUCGCCUGCUCGCCAACCUAUUCGCACAGGCCCAGUCCCAGGCCCAGGCUCAGGCUCAGGCUCAGGCUCAGGCUCAGGCUCAGGCCACCGCCCCCGGCAUCAAUGCCACUUCGAGCUCGCCCGCCGUCCCCGCGUCCGUCUCGGCGGCGUCGACCUCUUUCGGCAACCUACGCACCACCCAGUUUCUCGCUUCUCUCGAAGACCCGGAUCUGCACGCUCACGCUCAGCUGCCCGCCUUCGUCAGGCCUCUUCCCGCGCGCAUCGCUUCGGAAGACGUCAAGUUCCUCCACGUCAAGGGCGCGCUGUCGCUCCCGGCUCUGCCGCUUCAGAACGCCCUCAUCCAGGCCUAUAUCGAAUAUGUCCAUCCGUUCAUGCCCCUCAUUGACCUGUCCGAGUUCCUCUCGACCGUCAACUCCCGCGAUGGUCUGUGUGGACAGGUCAGCCUUUUCCUCUACCAGGCUGUCAUGUUUGCUGCCACCGCCUUUGUCGAUAUGAAAUCACUCCGCGAUGCUGGCUACUCUACCCGCAAGAUGGCCAGGAGGGCCUUCUUCCAGAAGACGAGGUUACUGUACGAUUUCGACUACGAGUCCGACCGCCUCGUCCUCGUUCAGGCACUCCUCCUGAUGACGUACUGGUACGAGACGCCCGAUGAUCAGAAGGACACCUGGCAUUGGAUGGGCGUCGCCAUCUCCCUGGCCCACACCAUCGGCCUCCACCGCAAUCCGGCCAGCACGAGCAUGACCCCCCGAAAGCAAAAGCUGUGGAAGCGCAUCUGGUGGUCCUGCUUCAUGCGCGACCGCCUCGUCGCCCUGGGCAUGCGCCGACCAACCCGCAUCAAGGAUGAAGACUACGACGUACCUGCGCUGACCGAGGCCGACUUCGAGAUGGAGAUGCUCCCCGAAGACAACACGAUCGUGCCUCCCGCGUGCACCCUGGUCCGCGAUCUCUCCAUGCAGCAGGAGCUCGCCACCAUGUGCGUGGCCAAGGCCAAGCUGUGCAUCUGCAUCAGCAGCAUGCUCAAGGCGCAAUACUCGGUCCUUGUCCGGGACAAGGUGCGGCCGGACAACACGGUCAACAGCACCAUGAUGCUCUUCCCCAACAAGAAGCUCGACAACUUCGAGUGCGUGACCACGGUCGAUCUCGAGCUGAUGGACUGGGCCGAAACCCUUCCCCCCAUUUGUCAGUACAGGCCCCUGACGCCGCUUGACGUCAAGAAUGGGAGGUCCACGCUCGCCGUCCAACGCACGCUCCUGCACAUGGUCUACUACACCACCGUCUCGGCCCUGCACCGCCCUCUCUUCCUCCCGUCGUCUCCUCACCAGGCCCCGACGACAUCGCGUCAAGUCCAGGAGAUGUCGCGGCUGAGAGUCCGGGAUGCCGCCAUGCACAUCACCCGCAUGGCGUCCGAGCUCCACCAGCUACGGCUGGAGAGGUACCUCCCCACCACCGGCGUCACCGUCAUCCUGCCCGCCAUGAUCAUCCACCUCCUCGAGAUGAAGAACCCGGUCGCGCAGUCCCGCGACCGCGCCACGCGUGGGUUCCGGCAGUGCAUGCGCGUCAUGCAGAAGCUCCGCGAGAUCUACGCCGCCGCCGACUACGCGACCGGCUUCCUCGAGGCCGCCCUGAACAAGGCCGCCAUCGACGUCAACAACGCCCCCGCCGUCGCCGUGACCCAGCAGAACCUCAAGUUCGCCGACUCGACCUUCAGCGCGCAGACCCCGCCGCCGGAGAACGCGCCGUACAUGACCUCCUCCGAGGCCCUCUUCAACGCGAAGCCCGGCGGCGCGAUGCCGCAUGCGUCGAGCCAUCUGCCCCAGACCAUCAACGCUGCUGCUUUGGACCUGUCUGCGACGAACGGUGCGGUGGCGGCGGCGGCGGCAGCGGCAGCGGCAGCGGUGGGUCUCGCGGCAAGCCCGCCCUCGACGGACGGGGACUUCGAGUCGGCGAUGGGCGGCCCGACGCCUAGCGCCAGCGGUGGUUCCGACGCGCCCGAGCCGGAGCCGCUGGAUAUGGAUUUCCUGCAGGGCCAGCCGGAGCUCGACUGGAACGCCGUGGCAGGUACCGACUUUGAUGUGGACCAGUGGCUGCAGUUCCCGCCUGAGGGCAUGAAAAACACGGACGAGGGUCUCAUGUCGAACAUGUUCAACGACGAGGGGAUGCAAGACGCCGCCGCACACUGGGCGACGGGCGGCAUGGCCUCCUCCACCGCUCCGCAAGGCUUGGUAGGGGAUGGACAGGCCACUCUCGCCAUGCCGGCGUGAUGGGUUUCUCUUUAUUUGUGUUUUCUCAUUUUAUAUUUCCACACUGGGUCUUUGCCCGGGUGUCCGUAUCCUUUUUUUUUAUUUUUAUAUACCUGUUCAGUUUUCUUUGAUGCGUCUCGGAUCGGAACGAUGCCAGGAUAUUUUCCACGGAGUUGGGGCUAUAAGGACUCGAAAAAAAAGCUGACGAGGAGGGAAGAGGCUUACGCGCCUCGGGCGUUUUUUUUUUGUCAUAAUUUGGAACGUAUCUGUUGGCUUUUGGAACUCUAUAGCAUAUAUCUGGAUGUCAAGUUUUAUGUCUCAUGAGAGAAAAAAGGGGGGAAACCACGGCUCAGCGCCGGCAGUGGAGGCAGGGGUUUUUAUGUGAGCAUGGGCGUCAUAAUGCCCCCGGGGAUACAAGUAGAUGAAUGAGAUUUGCGCAUGGGUUUG